AUGAUCAACAUUCUCAAAUCGAAAAAAGCGACGAAUAAGAGCGCGGAUCAAGAAGGCAAAAGUAAUCAACAGAAUCAACAGCAAAAAAGCGAAGAAACCAAUCACUCUAAUGAUAACCCUAAUCGUGAUUUAUGUGUCAAAAGUUUAUCACUACCGGUGGAAUUUAUUGCGCGAAAUAGAAGCCAACUUGAAUAUGGUCUUGAACGAAAAUUUCGAUGGUCCAAGAAGCGUUGUUUAUUCUAUAUUUUGAGCGAAAUCAUUUUUAUCGCUAAUUUUACCACCGAUAUUGUUGUUGGCAUCGAUUAUAUUUCUUAUGGAAGUACAAGCUGGGGCUGGACAAUCAUUAUCCUAGCUAUUGCUUGCUUACUGUUUCAACAGCUCUUUUCCUUAAUUUGGUCAAUAAAGCUCUGUAGCAAAGAUGGCGAAAAUAACAAUGCUGGAGUUCCCAACGAAAAUGUAUCGAACCACCGUUCCUGGAAUGCCUGUCAAACAGGCUUUAAACAUCUCUUUUGUCUUAGUCGUCUAUAUAGGUAUAUUCAUUUAAUACAUCGAGGUAGAAAGGAACAUAAUAGGAGAGAGGAUACGCUGAUUGUAUUCGAGCUAUUAGAAACUACAGUACUAGAUGUCAUAGAAGCUGCUGUUACUAGUGCACCGCAGUUAACGAUUCAAUGUUAUUUGAUGAUAGAAUUGUCUGAAGUAUCGGUACUUCGAGUUAUAUCAGUUAUCAUAUCGGCGGUAGAGAUUAGCUACGCUAUUGCACAUCAUGCCAGAAUAUUACGUGAAUCGGAAAGCCAGUUACGACCUACAGCUAACACACUUUCUAAAUCAGGUUAUUUCGUCUAUACCAUGUGGCGAUUCUGCACAGUAGCUUCACGAAUGAUUUUCUUAGGUAUCUGCGCAUAUACUAUUGGCAUUUACAUCUUUGUUAUGUUUGCAUGCCAUUGGAUUACGGUAGCUAUUAUCUCACUUUGGGAUGGAGCUGGAAAUUACUUUGCUUCUCCAAUCAGAAAGUAUACGUUUUGCAUUUUGCUUGGCUAUAUAGAUAACUUUUUCUUCCUUAACGUCAAGCAAGGGAGAACUCGAAUGCGCUAUUUGGUCCAUUUUUUUUUACUUUUUGUGGAAUUAACUAGUGUAGUUCUGUACUGCUUAUUAACUAACAAAAUAUCUCGACCAGUAGUCUUACCUGUGCUUUUAACAGCUUUAUUAUUUUACGUUAUUGGAGCUGCUUUUAUGAUCACCUAUUACUGUUGUGCGCACCCAACUAAAGAUCGACUUUCAACAUAUCUUAUGCAGCCACGUUUACCCAAAUCAGCAACACGUCAGUCUAUUCAACUUUAUUAUUCUCAAGCUAAUUCAAGGAAUCCAACACCUAAUAUCCAAAGACGUGGAAACGUCCUAUCUCAGCCCGGAUCGAGACGUCAUAGUAUAACAGAUAAUAUUGAUAAUGCAACCGGCAAUCUUCCUGUGUUUAGAAAGAGUAUAACUGAAUUAGGCUCACAAAGAGAAGGCGAAUCUAAUCAAUUCUUACAUCCUAAUAAAGCCGCCAUCAUAUUUGCUGAUCGAUUAGCUAAGUUAAACCAUGAUACAAUUGAAGAGGAAUCUGCUAUUGAACAGACAGUUAGCAUAACUAUAUCGACUGAUAGCUAUUCUAAACCGAAUGAGGUAUCAAACGGAGAACUCGAUAUGGCAGAAGUAUUUUCAACAAAUUCUAGAUCAAGUCAUGAGGAUGAUGAAGAUAUUGCUGCUUCAGAUUCCGGUAUAGCUAUCAGUUCUGGAGGUAAUUCUUACCUAUAUCGCACUGAUAUGGUAAGCCAAAGUAAAAGUGUCCAACAAACCAUAACGUUGGAAGAAACAAAUGGAAAUAUUGCUAUGAUUACUUCUUCCAAGAAAUCAGGAAGUACCGAUAAGAGUAUUGCAGUAAUUGAUAAAGGUUCAUCAAAUAAAAUAUUAAAAUACCGCACUACUACUCUAUAA